AUGGCGGAUCAGGGGGCGGGGGGCGAGGGGGGCCCAAGGGCGGGCCUGGACGUGGGGUGGAUGGACAGGGUGGCCGACGCGCCCGUGUUCAGGCCGUCCAUGGCGGACUUCGAGUCGCCCAUCGAGUUCAUCAGCGAAAUCGAGGCCGAGGCGGCGCGCUACGGGAUAUGCAAGAUCGUGCCCCCCCCGGAGCUGGCGUGCUCGGCGGCCCUGCUGUUUGCAGAGGACUCGCCACUCAGCAGCUUUUGCUUUGACGUUCGGCAACAGCGGGUCAAGGACUUUGUUUGGCUUGAUUUUAACAGGAAGGAGGAGAUAUACAACACCAGCGAGAAGUACACUAUCAAACAGUUCGAGGAGAAGGCCAACCAGCAUGCGGUCAAGCUCUUGGGAACGUCGACACGUGUACACCCCAAAAUAGUGGAGGCAGAGUACUGGCGCGAGCGUUUGAGUGUGGGAGGAAGGGCCAUAUGGGUGGAGUAUGGUAAUGAUGUUGAGGGCACUGGCUUCCUGCCUCCAGGUGAUGGUAGUCACACACUAUCAAAUACAAGAUGGAACCUCAAGGAACUGGCUAAGGACAAGGGGUCUGUGCUGCGCCACAUCAAGGGGGAGUACCCCGGCAUUUCGCAGCCCAUGUUGUAUGUAGGCUCUCUCUUUGCCACAUUCUACUGGCAUGUCGAGGACCACUUCAUGCACAGUAUCAACUUCAUGCACUGUGGGGCGCCGAAGACGUGGUACGGUGUGCCAGGCAGCUAUGCCGAGGCCUUUGAUGGCGUGGCACUGAAGAAGGUGUACGCACAAGCUGUGGACAGACUCAUGAAAGAGGAGAAUGUACCACUGGAGAGUGCCCUGGCCCACGCGCUGCGUACGCUGUGCAGCAAAUCGACCCUGUUCUCUCCUGAGUUCCUCAUCGAUGCAGGAAUCCCAGUGUAUCGGGUGGAGCAGUGUCCGGGUGAGUUUGUCGUCACAUUUCCACGGAGCUAUCAUGCGGGCUUCAGCCAUGGCUUCAACAUUGGUGAGGCUGUCAAUUUUGUGCUGCCUGAAUGGUUUCCGAUGGGCAGCGAAGCCGUCAAGCGGUAUUGGUACCUGCGACUUGGCCACAUUCUGCCCCAUGAGGAGAUGUUGUGCAAGGAGGCUGCAUCCAUAGGCUAUCGACUUUCCUGUGGAGGGGAGACAAGCCGGCCAGACCACGUCGUGAUGCGGGAGUUCGUGAAGUACGUGCUGGAAGUGGAGUCCCUAAAACAGGCUCUUAAAGACGCCGGCCUCCCUGUGGUCGUGGUGCCCGCCCAGCGCGGAAACUCCAGCUGCAUGAGGUGCGGUCGGAAGUGCUUCCUGAGCCACGUGCACGUGCCCGGGGACGGAGAGAAGUACCUUUGCCUGCACUGUGCCCUCUGCGCCCGAACGCAGUGCCUGCCCUCGGACGACGACUGGUGCGGGUACAAGCUGUGCGGCUGGCAGGUGGAGACUAAGAGGUACGCGCUGGAGUUCCAGAAGGUUGCGAGGCUCUUUCGGAAGUGUGGGGAUUUUGAGGGGUCUCCCCUGGCCGCGGCGGGGCAGGACAGCCCCGAUUAG